CCCCCCCAACCUUUCGAGCCCCCCCCCACGUUUUGAGCCCCCCCCCCAACCCUGUUUCCCCCCCCCAGUGGUGAAGGUGCCCAUCCUGGCCCGGCUGGAGGCGCUGCGGGACGAGGAGCUGGACGAGCGGCGGGAGAAGCGGCGGCGGCAGGCGGCCGAGGACGAGGCCAAGGGGACCGAGCGGGGCCCCGAGGACAAGGAGGGCACGGAGGCGGGCGCCCAGGGCGCAGCGCCCAAAGCCGCAAACAGCUCCAGCGACGCCCCCCCGGCAGAAGCGGCGGGAGAGCCCCCCCCGCCCGGCCCCCACCGCACCCUGGUGAUGCUGGAACCGGCCCCCGCCGCCCCCGAGCCCCCCCCCGAAGCCCCCGGCCGCCCCCCCCAGCCCCCCGAGCAAGAAGAGGGGGGACCGGGGCGGCCCCCCCCGGACGCCGAAGCCACCCAGAUGGAGCUGUCGCCCGCUCCCACCAUCACCUCGCUGUCCCCGGAGCGAGCGGAGGACUCGGACGCGCUGACGGCGGUGAGCAGCGCCCUCGAGGGCUCCCCCAUGGACACCUCCAGCCUGGCCUCCUGCACCUUGGAGGAGGCCGGGGGCGGCGAGGCCGGGGGGGCCCCCCCGCCCCCCCAAGGCCCCCCCGGCACCCCCCAGGGCCCCCCGCCCGCCCCUCCGGGCCCCCCAGACGCCUCCCACCCCACCGAUGACAGCUCGCCCCCCGCCUCGUCCUCGGAGAGCUCGUCCACCCGGGACUCGGCCGUCGCCAUCUCGGGCGCCGACUCGCGGGGGAUCCUGGAGGAGCCGCUGCCCUCCACCAGCAGCGAGGAGGAGGAUCCGCUCGCAGGGAUCAGCCUCCCCGAGGGCGUGGACCCCUCGUUCCUGGCGGCGCUGCCGGACGACAUCCGCCGGGAGGUGCUGCAGAACCAGCUGGGGAUCCGCCCCCCCGCCCGGGCCCCGCCCACCCCCAGCCCCGCCCCCCCGGUGGUGGCCAAUCCCGGCCUCACCGAGGUCAGCCCCGAGUUCCUGGCCGCCCUGCCCCCGGCCAUCCAGGAGGAGGUGCUGGCGCAGCAGCGGGCGGAGCAGCAGCGGCGGGAGCUGGCGCAGGCGACGAGCUCGGACGCCCCCAUGGACCCGGUGACCUUCAUCCAGACGCUGCCCUCGGAGCUGCGGCGCUCGGUGCUGGAGGACAUGGAGGACAGCGUGCUGGCCGUCAUGCCGCCCGACAUCGCCGCCGAGGCCCAGGCCCUGCGGCGCGAGCAGGAGGCCCGCCAGCGGCAGCUCAUGCACGAGCGCCUCUUCGGCCACUCCAGCACCUCCGCGCUCUCCGCCAUCCUCCGCAGCCCCGCCUUCACCAGCCGGCUGAGCGGGAACCGGGGGGUGCAGUACACCCGCCUGGCCGUGCAGCGGGGCGGCACCUUCCACAUGGGGGGCAGCAGCAGCCACAGCAGACCCUCGGGGAGCAGCGUGGACAGCCUCCUGCGCCUCCGGGGCCGGCUGCUGCUGGACCACGAAGCCCUCUCGUGCCUCCUGGUGCUGCUCUUCGUGGACGAGCCCAAGCUGAACACCAGCCGGCUCCACCGCGUCCUCCGCAACCUCUGCUACCACGCGCCCACCCGGGGCUGGGUGGUGCGCAGCCUCCUCUCCAUCCUCCAGCGCAGCAGCGAGAGCGAGCUUUGCCUCGAAGCCCCCCGCGCCCCCCCGGCCCCCGAAGAACAACGUCCUCAGCGACGUGCCGGAGCCCGAACCGGCGCGACCGAGCCUCGAGCCCUCGAUUUAUUGCACCGGGUCGAAGCUCGAAGCUCCGGGCAGCUCUCCUGGCUUUCCGUGUCCAUGGACGCCGCCCUCGGGUGCCGAACCAACAUCUUCCAGAUCCAGCGGGCUCCCGGGAGGAAGCACACGGAGAAGCACGCCGCCGCCGCCGGCUCCGCCGUCCACAUCCACCCCCAGGCCGCCCCCGUCGUCUGCCGCCACGUCCUCGACACCCUCAUCCAGCUGGCCAAGGUCUUCCCCAGCCACUUCACCCAGCAGCGGGGCCGGGAAGCGGCGAGCGACGGCGAGCGGGACCGCGGCGGCGGGGGCACCGGCCCCAAAACGGGGGGCAGCCCUUGCCCGUCGGGGGGCGCCCCCCAAACCGUUACCGCUACCGCCACCACCUCCGCCACCGGGCCGGGGGGGCUCUCCACCGAUUUUUGGGACCUCCUGGUCAAGCUGGACAACAUGAACGUCAGCCGCAAAGGCAAAGGCUCGGCAAAAGCGGGGCCGGGGGCCGGGGGUCCCGAGGGGGAAGCUUUGGGGUUGGGGCUGGAGGCGUCCCCGCUGGGGCAGCUGAUGAACAUGUUGUCCCACGGCGUCAUCCGCCGCAGCGCCCUCCUCACCGAAAAGCUCCUGCGCCUCCUCUCCCUCAUCUCCAUCGCCCUCCCCGAGGGGGGGAAAGGGGGAGAAGGGGCGGCCGCCCCCCCCGGAACCGGGGCCGGUGCUGCUGCCGCUGCCGGGGGUCCCCCCGGUGCCCCCAGCCCGCCCGCGGUGACGCCAGCCGGGGCGGCGGCCGGGGCGGCCGUGGCGAGCGGUGGGACGGCGGCAGGCGGCGGCGGUGCGGCGGCUGCUCCCACCAAGAGCGCCAAGUCCCCGGCCAAGGGGGGCGAGGGGGGCGGCGGGGGCAGCCCGGACCCCCGCAUGGCGGCCACGGGACUGACCGAGAGCCAGCUGCAGCUGUCGGUGGAGGUGCUGACGUCGCACUCGUGCUCGGAGGAAGGCCUGGAGGACGCGGCCAACGUCCUCCUGCAGCUCUCACGGGGCGACCCCGGCACCCGCGACACCGUCCUGCGCCUCCUGCUCAGCGGCGCCCGCCAGCUGGGUGCCACCCUCUGCCGGCAGAUCGGCACGCUGCUGGCGGAGCUGCGGGAGUACAACCUGGAGCAGCAGCGGCGGGCGCAGAGCGAGGCCCCGUCCCCCGAGGGGCUCCCUGACGAGCAGCCCCCCAGCGCCAAGCUCAAGGGGAAGAUGCAGAGCCGCUUCGACACGGCGGAGAGCGUGGUGAUCGUGGCCUCGCAGAAGCGGGCGCUGGGCGGGCGGGAGCUGCAGCUGCCCUCCAUGUCGGUGCUCACCUCCAAGACCUCCACGCAGCGCUUCUUCCUCCGCGUCCUGCAGGUCAUCAUCCAGCUCCGCGACGACACCCGCCGCGCGCACAAGAAAGCCAAGCAAGCCGGGCGCCUGGGUGCCGGGGGCCUCGGGGCGGCUGGCAGCAUCCAGGCCGCCGUCCGGCAGCUGGAGGCCGAGGCCGACGCCAUCAUACAAAUGUCGGAGGCCGGGCCGGCGGACGGCGCUCCCCGCCGCGACGAGUCGCCCAUGGACGUGGACCAGCCCUCGCCCGCCCCCCAGGACGCCCCCUCCGUGGGUUCGGAGGGUUCGCAGGGGGGGGAGCGGGAUGAGCGGCCCCCCCCGGAGCUGCCCCUGCUGAGCGAGCAGCUGUGCCUGGACGAGCUGUGGGACAUGCUGGGGGAGUGCCUGAAGGAGCUCGAGGAGUCCCACGACCAGCACGCCGUGCUCGUGCUGCAGCCGGCGGUGGAAGCCUUCUUCUUGGUGCACGCCACGGAGCGGGAGAGCAAGCCCCCGGUGCGGGACACCCGCGAGAGCCAGCUGGCCCACAUCAAGGACGAGCCCCCCCCGCUGUCCCCGGCCCCCCUGACCCCCGCCACCCCCUCCUCGCUCGACCCCUUCUUCUCCCGCGAGCCUUCCUCCAUGCACAUCUCGGCCAGCCUGCCCCCCGACACCCAGAAGUUCCUGCGCUUCGCCGAAACCCACCGGACGGUGCUGAACCAGAUCCUGCGCCAGUCCACCACCCACCUGGCCGACGGCCCCUUCGCCGUCCUCGUCGACUACAUCCGCGUCCUCGACUUCGACGUCAAGCGCAAGUAUUUUCGGCAGGAGCUGGAGCGGCUGGACGAGGGGCUGCGCAAGGAGGACAUGGCCGUGCACGUCCGCCGCGACCACGUCUUCGAGGACUCGUACCGCGAGCUGCACCGCAAGUCCCCCGAGGAGAUGAAAAACCGACUAUACAUCGUCUUCGAGGGCGAGGAGGGCCAGGACGCCGGGGGGCUGCUGCGCGAGUGGUACAUGAUCAUCUCGCGGGAGAUGUUCAACCCAAUGUACGCGCUGUUCCGCACCUCGCCGGGCGACAGGGUCACCUACACCAUCAACCCCUCGUCCCACUGCAACCCCAACCACCUCAGCUACUUCAAGUUUGUGGGGCGCAUCGUGGCCAAGGCCGUCUACGACAACCGCCUGCUCGAGUGUUACUUCACCCGCUCCUUCUACAAGCACAUCCUGGGCAAGUCCGUCCGGUAAGGGGGGGACGCGGGGUGCUGGACCCUGACU